CGAUGAACCCGGGAAUUGGAGAGCCUAAGAUUGGGGCUCUGAAAAAUCGUUGAGAGAGUCUGUGGAGUUUUCGAGGUUUGUAAUCAGAGAGAAGGGCAUAGUUGGGAAUGCAGAGAGAUGGUAGGAGCUUCGCUGACAAAGCCUGAGUUGAGUUGGCGAGCCAAACGGUGUCUCGGCGGCAGGACUUGCCACCGGAAACACGUGGAGGACGGGUGACCGUCUGAUCUCCAUCUUCUUCUUCUGCUCCGAUUUUUCUUCCGUUUUCUGCUAAAGCAGCAGUCUCUUUGGUUUCUUUGUUUUUUUUUUCUCUGUAAUUAAGUGAAAGUAGGUAGAAGGAAGAAAUGGGUGAGAAAGGCGGAGAUGGAAACUCCACUUUGCUCCACGGGAAGUACGAGCUGGGACGGCUUCUGGGUCACGGUACUUUUGCGAAGGUGUACCACGCGCGAAACUUGCAGAGCGGGAAGAGCGUGGCGAUGAAGGUGGUGGGGAAAGAGAAGGUGAUAAAGGUGGGGAUGAUGGAUCAGAUCAAGAGGGAGAUCUCGGUGAUGAAGAUGGUGAAGCACCCCAACAUCGUCUACCUCCACGAGGUGAUGGCCAGCAAGUCCAAGAUCUACUUUGCCAUGGAGCUCGUGCGCGGCGGCGAGCUUUUCUCAAAGAUUGCUAAAGGCCGCCUGAAAGAGGACCUGGCCAGAGUCUACUUCCAGCAGCUCAUCUCCGCCAUCGAUUUCUGCCACAGCCGCGGCGUCUACCACCGUGAUCUCAAGCCCGAAAAUCUCCUCUUAGACGAAGAGGGCAAUCUUAAGGUCACCGACUUCGGGCUCAGCGCGUUCACGGAGCACUUGAAGCAAGACGGGCUUUUGCACACAACUUGUGGAACUCCGGCGUAUGUGGCUCCGGAGGUCAUCGGAAAAAAAGGCUACGACGGCGCUAAAGCCGACCUCUGGUCCUGCGGUGUCAUUCUUUAUGUUCUCCUCGCCGGAUUUCUACCGUUCCAGGAUGAUAACCUCGUCGCCAUGUACAGGAAGAUUUACCGCGGAGAUUUCAAGUGCCCGCCUUGGUUCUCCUCCGACGCGCGCAGGCUCGUCACGAAGCUGCUCGACCCGAACCCGAAUACCCGUAUCAACAUAUCCAAGAUCAUGGACUCUUCCUGGUUCAAGAAAUCCGUCCCCAAGAACAUGAAACCCAACGAGGCGGAAUUCGACGACUCCGUUUUAGAGAAAUCGAGCAAAAAGUCGGAGACUCUGAACGCCUUCCACAUAAUCUCGUUGUCGGAAGGGUUCGACCUGUCGCCGCUCUUCGAGGAGAAGAAGAGGGAGGAGAAGGAGGAGCUGAGAUUCGCUACGACGAGGCCGGCGAGCAGCGUGAUAUCGAGGUUGGAGGAGGUUGCCGCCAAGUCGGGGAAUUUCAGCGUGAAGAAGAGCGAGUCGAGGGUGAGGCUUCAGGGCCAUGAGAGUGGACGCAAAGGGAAGCUAGCUAUUGCAGCGGAGAUCUUCGCCCUGACGCCGUCGUUUCUUGUCGUCGAGGUAAAGAAGGACAACGGUGACACCCUGGAGUACAACCAGUUCUGCAACAAGGAGCUCCGGCCGGCGCUCAAGGACAUACUAUGGACCUCCCCUGCAGACAAUUCCGCUCUCGCUUUAGGAAAUAUUAUUAAUUAAUUAAUCUGUAUUUACAUGUUUGGUUGAUUGUUGUUUUUGUUAUCGUUGUUAUUGUUAUUAUUGUUCUGAAUUAAGGUGGCAAAUUGAAUGGCCAUGGCCGUUGUCUUGAAUUUGUGUUUUUGGAUUGAUGUUCGAUUGAAAAGCUGAUUCACAAACAUUCUCAGUCGUUGAUUCA